AUGUUUGACUAUUUUCAAUUUGCACGCGAUGAAAGGGCGAUACCCAAUCACUCUGGUCUGGCUGGCCCCUCUAGUCUGGCGAGUUGUUCUAGUCUGGCUAGCCCCUCUGGUCUGGCUAGCCCCUCUGGUCUGGCUCGCCCCUCUGGUCUGGCUCGCCCCUCUGGUCUGGCUAGCCCCUCUGGUCUGGCUAGCCCCUCUGGUCUGGCGCGUCCCUCUGGUCUGGCUAGUCCCUCUGGUCUGGCUAGCCCCUCUGGUCUGGCUAGUCCCUCUGGUCUGGCUAGUCCCUCUGGUCUGGCGAGUCCCUCUGGUCUGGCGAGUCGUUCUAGUCUGGCUGGCCCCUCUGGUCUGGCGAGUCCCUCUGGUCUGGCGAGUCGUUCUAGUCUGGCGAGUCGUUCUGCUCGCCCGUCGGUGGCUAUCAAAUCACACCCCCCCAUUUUUUGA